AUGGCUUACGAGGACAAACUAGUGGCUCCGGCCUUGAAGUUUAGAAGCUUUCUUGACAAAACUCCCAAUAUCUACAAUCCAUAUAUCAUUUCUAUAAUCUCGUGCAUUGCGGGUAUGAUGUUCGGCUUUGAUAUUUCUUCAAUGUCAGCAUUUGUCAGUUUACCAGCAUACGUGAAUUAUUUCGAUACACCUUCAGCAGUGAUUCAAGGAUUUAUCACAUCUGCCAUGGCUUUGGGUUCAUUUUUCGGGUCAAUUGCUUCUGCGUUUGUGUCUGAGCCAUUUGGAAGACGAGCUUCCUUACUAACUUGUUCGUGGUUUUGGAUGAUAGGAGCAGCCAUCCAAGCGUCUUCGCAGAACCGAGCUCAAUUGAUUAUUGGUCGGAUUAUAUCUGGAUUUGGGGUUGGUUUCGGGUCGUCUGUGGCUCCCGUAUAUGGCUCCGAGAUGGCACCUAGAAAAAUUAGAGGAAGAAUUGGUGGAAUUUUUCAAUUAUCUGUCACCCUCGGUAUCAUGAUUAUGUUCUUCAUAAGUUACGGAACUUCUCAUAUUAAGACUGCGGCAGCUUUCAGGUUAGCCUGGGCACUCCAGAUCAUUCCUGGACUCCUCAUGUGUAUUGGUGUCUUCUUUAUUCCAGAAUCUCCUAGAUGGUUGGCCAAACAAGGUCACUGGGACGAAGCCGAAAUCAUCGUAGCCAAAAUUCAGGCGAAGGGAGAUCGAGAAAAUCCCGAUGUUUUGAUUGAAAUUUCGGAAAUAAAAGACCAAUUGAUGGUUGACGAGAAUGCCAAAGCCUUUACCUAUGCUGACUUGUUUUCGAAAAAAUAUCUUCCCAGAACCAUCACAGCCAUGUUCGCUCAAAUCUGGCAACAAUUGACCGGAAUGAAUGUCAUGAUGUACUAUAUCGUUUACAUUUUCGAAAUGGCUGGCUACGGUGGAAAUGGAGUGUUGGUAUCAUCGACAAUUCAGUACGUUAUCUUUGUCGUUGUUACAUUUGUCUCAUUAUUCUUUUUGGACAAAUUUGGAAGAAGAAAAAUUUUACUUGUCGGAGCAGCUUCCAUGAUGACCUGGCAGUUUGCAGUGGCAGGGAUCUUGGCCAGGUACUCUGUCCCGUACGAUCUCAGUGAUACUGUCAAAAUUAAAAUUCCUGACAAUCACAAAUCGGCUGCAAAAGGUGUCAUUGCAUGCUGCUACCUUUUCGUAGCAUCGUUCGGAUUUUCCUGGGGAGUUGGUAUCUGGUUAUACUGCUCUGAAGUCUGGGGAGACUCACAAUCGAGACAGAGAGGAGCCGCUGUGUCAACUGCUUCAAAUUGGAUUUUCAAUUUUGCGCUCGCCAUGUUCACACCAUCUUCGUUUAAAAAUAUCACCUGGAAGACAUACUGUAUUUAUGCCACUUUCUGCGCAUGUAUGUUCAUCCAUGUGUUCUUCUUCUUCCCAGAAACCAAGGGGAAGCGCUUGGAAGAAAUUGCUCAAAUUUGGGAAGAAAAAAUUCCAGCUUGGAAAACCACCAACUGGCAACCUCAUGUUCCUUUGUUGUCGGACCACGAACUUGCGGAAAAGAUCAAUGCCGAACAUGUGGAGAACGUGAAUUCUAGGGAACAAUCGGAUGACGAGAAGUCGCAGGUAUAA